GGGAUCACGAUCAGUGCUUGGCGCUUGACAUUUGAGGUUAGGUUUAGGGGACUUUUUAAAAUACCUUAAAAGUCGGUAACUAGUGUAUUAUUUGCAUUGUGGCAGUAGUGGUAGUGUUGCAGAUAUCGUAACAUUCAUUUAUAUGCUAGCAUCAACAAUAAAUAUUUAUUAACAUAGAAGUGAUGGAUUUAGUGAACUCAUUUAAAGAACUAGAUUUAAGUAAAAACGACACCAAGGAACUUAUGUACACUUAUUUAGACGUGUUUAAGAAUCCAAAUAAUUUGCCAAUUAAUCAAAUUCAUCUUGAAAGAAAUUGGUAUGAGUUGCGGAAAGAUGCCCCAAUAGAUCUUGAUGUCUCUGAACUAUCCGACCAAGAGAUUAAAAAAAGAUUAUGUGAAAGAAAAUCAGAAAUAAUUCCUGCCUUGGAUAAAAGAUGGAUACCUAAAAAUAUUUUAUAUAAAUAUGAACCAUAUGUCUUUACGUUAAGCAAAGAAGAAAAUUUAACAUUUAUAACAAACAAUCUGCAGUUUAUUGAUAGUUUAGAUUAUCUUUUAAAUUGUAAUUACCACCAGUUUUGGUGCACAAUUUUAUUUGAACCUUCAGCAAUUAUGGUUUUAAGGAGUUUUAUUUUACAUCCCAUACCUUGGUAUCAGACUGUUUAUUUAGAAGAGGAAUAUGCUGACAUAUAUAAAAUAGUAUUUAAUAAAUUUCUAACUGUUUACAAAAGGCUGUUAACUUUUAAAGAAUCACAGAUCGAAUUCAUGUCGGAGGAAUAUGGUUUCAAAAAGUUGAUCGAAAGAAAAUUAAUCAACUUACCCAUUGUGAUAUCUCUUGCAUUUAUAUAUAAAAAUUGUAACUUAGACUUUGUGAAUAAAUUAACUAAUUUAUACUUUAAUGAUACUUCUCAAUUGGACUUUCAAAUAAGGGAAGUAGAGGAGAUGGUGAAUCAGACCCUACUUGUAUUAGAAAUGAUAGGAGGUCAUGUUUGUGGAUUCGAUGAAGAUGCUGUAGUAGUACCUGUUUCCAUUAAAGAAAGGCCAAAAGUAUUCAGUUUAUCUUGGGUGUACUCAGUAGUGAACUACUUGUUGAACACACUUUCCUUAUUAAAUACCCUGUUGCAGUUCUACAAACCUGCCAUCGAAAUUUGUUUGAACAAAGAACUACCAUACAGAAUGCCGUAUAUAUAUGUUCACGUUUACCGAGAGUUAUAUGAAAUGUUAGGUGUCAGAGAAGAACUUAAAAUUCAAAAGGAACUUAGCAAUAAAGUCUUUGAUGAAAUAAAUUUAGGUCGAAGUGAGUUUAUCGAUGUUUACCACGUAUUUAUUUCUCAUUGCCUGGAUAAAACACUUGAAACGAUAGGCAAUACGAAACAACAAGAAGUUAUAGUCGAGACUUACUUAAAGCUAUUAACAACAGCUUUGGAAGAUGACUACUUCAUCUGUGAUUACAACAUGAAAUAUAAUGUAGCUAGCCAAAACGAAAUAAUUGAAAGUUGUUUUCCACUAGAUACUACUAGGACGGAAUUUAUAGUUUCAUGUAUAAACAAAUUUCCCAGACAUAAAAGAUUGCAGCAAUUAUCAGAAUUAAAAAGACAAACUAUCGAAGAUGUCUUUAAGGAAUUUAAACCACCCGAAAUAGAAGAGGAAGAAGAAGAAGAGCCUCAGGCAAGUUCAUCUCAAUUAACAAUGGGACCAGGAGAACAUGAAAUAGAAAAUAUGAUUAAAGAUAUCACGGAAAUGUUCCCCCAUUUGGGAGAUGGAUUUGUGUUACAAUGUUUAGAAGCCUAUAAUUAUAACUCGGCAGAUGUAACAAAUGCGAUCCUUGAAGAAAAUUUGCCACCUCACUUAUAUGAUAUUCCGUUUGAUUCCAUAAGGAUUCCACCUGAACCUGAACCUGAAAAACCUUCCUUGGCUUAUACAGGCAAAAAACCCGACUAUGAUGAUGCUCUGAAAUUGUUAAAUGACAAACGGGACAUGGAAAAAUUGAAAACAUUCGUUUUGGAUGGAAUACAAUACAGCAAUGAUUACUUAUAUGAUGAUGAAUACGAUGAUAGGUUUGAUGAUGAUGUGCCUAUAAAAGUGGCUGAUAAUCCUAUAGAAGAAGAAAUUCUUACUUUCAAUCCUAAUCACGAAGACUUAGCCAGUGAUACGAGUUAUUCGUCAGAUGAUGAAUAUGAUGAUAAUGGAAAACCUCUUAAUAAACUAAAAUCUAAUGAAACAACAAAUAACAGAUCAAAAAUGAAUUUCUGUGAAGAUCCAGCACAAAUUAGGGAAAGGCGUGAAGCAAGAUUCCGAUCUAAGAAUCCUCAGCCUCAGACUUCUCAGAAGAAAGGCGAUGUAAUUGGAAAGCCAAAGGGUCAAGGACAAGAACAAAAUGUACAGAAAGCUAGGGAUAAGAAGAAUGUUAAUAAAUCCAGCAGAGCAAACCACAAUAGAAAGGGUGGUGCUCAAUGGAAACGGAAUAGAGGAAUGAUACCAUCGUAAUUGAUUACAGUCAAAAUUUGGAAGUUUUUUUAGUUACUUUUUUUAUGUUGUGUAAUCAAAGAAAUAUAUAUUUUUGAGUUCUC